AUGGACCGGCAGGCCGCCCACGAGUACGCGGCGGCGAUGGCCCACGCGCAGCAGCAGCAGCAACAGCAGCCGCCGCCGUACGGCUACCACCAGCAGCAGUUUCCUCCGCCACCGCAGCAGCUUCCCCACGGGAGCCCCCCUUUCAUGAACCCUGCUCAUCAUCCUUCUCUGCAACAGCACCAGUUUCCCUUCCACCGCCACCUCCCACCUCUCCCGCAGCAGCAGCAGCAGCUAGGCCCCCUCCAUCUCCACCAGCACCAUCCUUCUCUCAUGCACAUGCAGCAGCAGCCUCUCCCCUCGGCCUUCUCCUCCCACCUUCCUCCCCAUCUCAUGGCCCCUUCCGGAUCCUUCCCCUACCAAUUCGAUUCGGCGCCUCCGCCGGUGGCCCCUCCGCCCUCCGAUCCAGAGCUCCACAAGUGCAUCGACAAGCUCGUGGAGUACGUCUCUAAGAACGGCCCGGAUUUCGAGGUCAUGAUCCGGGAGAAGCAGCACAACAACCCCAUCUAUGCCUUCCUCUUCGGCGGCGAGGGGCACGGCUACUACCGCUACAAGCUAUGGCUGUCCACCAGAGGAGGCCCUCCUGGAUCGCCUUUCAAUUCUCCCUUCUCCUCCUCCAUGGGUGUGGUGCCUCCCCAGCUGCUGAACCCUCCUCCCUCCGCCGGCGGCGGUGGCCCCCAUCUCCACCAGCAGUUCCCACCUUACCACGAUCAGCAGCCGCAGCCGCCCCAUUCCCAUCCUUCCCUGGGUUACGAUCAUCCCAAGUCCUCCUUCAAAGGGCUCUCCGGGCCGCUCCCUUCAGAUGUGGCGGCCGAGCUCAGUAGCGUCCUUCACAGUCUCACCGGAACGAAAGAAUCCAUCAAAGGUGCGAAGAUGUGGUUCAUGCAGAGGUCUCCUUUCGCUCCUGCUCUGGCUGAAGCUCUGAGAGAGAGGAUGUUCUUGUUGGAUGAUUCAGAGCGGCAGAUGCAUAUCAUUUUCCUGGCCAAUGACAUCCUCUUUGACAGGUGCGGCAUCCAUUAAACUCCCCUGAUUUUUUUUUCUGUUCCUUUCUUUCGUCGACCCGCAAUCCAAGAAAGCUGCCAUCAGAUGGAUUCUGCAUCCUUUUCUAAUGAUCUUGCAGAAACGUGCCAUCUAAUCCAUACUUUUUAUCUGUUUAUCGCUUGAUCAUUCCAUCCUAGUUGGUUCCACCUUUUGCCCAGUCUAUCACAGCUACGGUGGCCUUUCCCAGCUUUGGUUUGGGAAAUGCUUUACCCCUUCUAAAUCGGCCGUAGAGACUCCCAUCCUCGUAGCUGGAAGAACACCCAUUGAGACUGGCCACUCAUUUGCAGCUGUCUUCCUGUAACCAGAAGUUCACUCAUUUUGCAGCUCACCCAUCCUUCAUCAAUCUUUUUCGACGGAAAGGUAUUGAAUUCUCUGUGAUUUCCGCUUUCCGUAGGUCACUAAACCUGCAGACUUUUUCUCUCGCUCAUAUUUUUCGUCGUGAUGAAGGAUUCUGACAGAAAAUGAAUGAGGGAAGAUUGGAAGUGUGACUUCCAGGAACACCGUUUUGAUGGUUUUUCUGAGCAGAAAAUGGGGGGUAGGAACUGUGGGUCUUCAAGGGUUUCACUCGUAGCAUCGGUCAGAUUUUUAAAUAGCAUACUUUGAAAACAGGAUCUUGAUUGGCAUGGACUCUCUCAGUUCGUCCGCAUGGCCAUCUCACCUGUUCCUAUGAAUCAAGGGAUCGAGCUCUGAGGCUGUGCAGGAAUGGGUGGCUAUUCGGAAGUGGGUCAUCGUUGACCUCCCUCCCCAGUGGGCCUCAUCUGCUGUGCUGACAAGUAUAUGAUAUGGCAGUCUUGAUUGAGGUUCCACUCUGGGUUAGAAUUUUUUUUGGGGCUUCUACACUGACCAAGAAUAGAACACAGUCAGAUUUGGCUGCCCAUGUUUCAUCUCUUUUCAAGAAACUAGUCUACUUUAUUUUAUUUUUAUCUAGGGAGUACUUGAUCGACGACUGAAGGACAUGUUUCUCUCUCUCUCUCUCUCUCUGUUUCUUUUUCCCUGUGCUCUCAAUAGGGUUUAGGGCGCGGUUUGUUCUUGGGCUUUUUCCUAAAAUAGUAAUUAUCUCCUUGCCCUUUGCUCUCAACUAUGGUGUGCAGCCUGCAGCGGCGGCACGUGCAGCAGGAGCUGGACAAUGUGGCGCUGGCCUUCAAGCCCGUGCUGGGGCCGAUGCUGUCGAGGAUCUACGGCAACCCUCAGAACCGUGAGUCGAACCAGUCCCGGCUGGAGAAGAUCGUCCAGUUCUGGGCUUCUAAGGAGGUCUUCGAUCAGGAGACCAUCCACGCCCUCGAGGAUGAGAUGACCCAGGGCUCCUACCACCCUGGUGGCCUGCCUGAACUCCCCUCCGCCGCCCUGCAAGAUCCCUCCGCUGCCGCCGGCGGUAUGUUUCUGGGUUGUCCUGGGUGGCAAAAAAGAUUUGAUUUUUAUGCAGAUUUAUGUUUCUGGGUUUUGCCUGGGCGGUUAAAAAGAAUUGAUUUUUAUGCGAACUUUGCUUUGGGGGUGCGCACAGGUUUGCCACACCAGGCGCCGCAGUUCCACUCCCAGUGGGCGCCGGCAGAGCAGCUGAGGGGCCCCUCCUCCGAAGAGCUGCAGAAGAAGCAGCUCCUCCUUCCUGCCGCUCCGCCACCCUCGCUGGCCUCCCAAUUCGCGGCGGCGGCGCCAUCCCAGCAGCUGCUCCUCACCUCCGUUGCCGCCGUAUCGUCCUUCCCGGCGGCCCAGGCUCUGCCGCAGGUGGCGGCAGCGGGGUUGGAGAAGGCGGCUGCAGUGGCAGUGCCGCCACCGUACCCACUGUUCCCACCGGGGCUGAUCCCGGGCAUGGUGAAGAAGAUGCAAGUGGGCAGCGGCGUUCCCUACUCGCCAAUCAGCCCGCUGGACAUCCCCACCGUGAUCCCUCCCUCCACCGCCUCCCCCUCGGAGCUGCUGGAGCGGGUCUCUAAAUUCUUCAAGGAAAUCGGCGAGGAGAACCCCUCCGAGGGGCCGAUGCGGGUGGCGGCAGCAGCGGAAGGCGGUGACUACGACUGGGAGCCGCCGCCGCGCAUGGGCGGCGCCUGCAUCCCACCGCCGGCGGCUCUGCAGGUGGACACUGAGGGCGGCAUGGAGCGGAAGACCGGGGGUGGCAGUGGUGGUGGGGGCUCCGGCAGGCUGGGGCUGGGCGCCGCCGCCGCCGAUCCGAACGAGGUGAGCCAGUACGACGAUGUGUACUCCUCAUACAGGAAGCAGCGGAGCUCCAAUUACCACUCCUCGAUGAGUGCGAGGUCGUCGUCAUCUUCGGCGAGGUGA